GUAUCCGUCUGAUGCUGAUGUCACGGCCCGUGUCAGGAGGGAAGAGGACAGAGCUUUUCAGAGCAGACAGAGUUAGCAACAUCGAGACAACACAACAACAUCAAGAUGAAGGUCAACACUGUGAGGUUUGCUCUGGUUGUUGUUGGUGUCUUUGGAUGGUCUAUGAUGCUCCCCUCUGCCACACAAGUGGGUCUGAGCGACAAAGUCCUGGUGUUCCCUUACGAGACCGACUUCAGCUUCGUGUCCCUGAUCCCUCAGAAGGAGAUGGGGCUGAGGGCCUUCACCCUCUGCAUGCGGGUGGCCACGGAGCUGCCUGAGGACCGCCAGAUCAUCCUGUUCGCCUACCGCACCGCCGACUACGACGAGCUGAACGUGUGGCGUGAGAGCGACGGGCGCGUCUCCUUCUAUAUGAGCGGCGACGGCAUCUUCUUCCACCUGCCGCCCAUCACCACCUUCCGCACAAGCCUCUGCCUCACCUGGGACUCUCGCACCGGCCUCUCUGCCUGCUGGGUGGAUGGGAAACGCAGCACUUACCAGGUCUACAAACCCGGGCACAGCAUCCGUCCCAAAGGCUCCAUCCUCCUGGGGCAGGAUCCAGACAAACACCUGGGGGGUCUGGAGGCCGGGCAGAGCUUCGUUGGCGAGAUGACGGAUCUGAACAUGUGGGACUUUGUGCUCUCCAGGAGCAUGAUCCAGGCCUGGCAUUACGGACACAGGGUCCCCAAGGGAAACGUCUUCGACUGGGGCACCAUGGAGUACGAGCUGAACGGGAACGUGAUGGUGGUGGAUGAUGACUGACUGGACGUGGAGUCGGGGGCAGAGAGGAAGGAGGCUUUAGAGAUCUGUGUUGGACUGAUACUGAUGUGUGGUUUUCUUUCUUAGAUUCAGUACUGUUUCAUGUUAGAGCCCUUUAACUGAGCUUCCAAAAACACAACAAUUCUCAGUUUAAUUUGACAUUAAAGGUGGGGUAGGUAAGUUUGAGAAACCGGCUCGAGAUACACUUUUUGUUAUAUUCCAUGGAAUGCUCUUAACAUCCCGAUAGCAAUAGAUAUCUUAAGUGCUUUGACAAAAAAUCCAUAAAAAAAUAUCAUCUGUGGAAGCCAUAGUACUGUAAAAAGCAUGACCAAUCAUUUUAGCCGGCCCGACUAAAAUAACUGGAUGGCCUACCUGCCUGUCAGCCUUCCAUCUGUGCACAAACUUAUCUCGUGCCCUCAUUGGUCAUGUGCGCGUUCGUGUGUGUUGGAGGAGGGGCUCUGUAAGGAAGUGGCAGAUUUUUUCCGGCUGUGUAUUUUCAAAUUCUAGCGCACUCCAGCUGGUUUCUCCAAAAUUACCUACCCCACCUUUAAGGAAUUGUUGAUCAUUAAUGGAUUAUUUGAAAGGCAUACCGUGCAAAAGACCAGGAGCCCGAAGUGUCCUCAAAAUAACCGUGAAGAUACAUAUAACAACCACAGAGAGACUGUUUAAACCGCUGCAAAGAGACACAAGGGACCAGGCGAAGGGACGCCCCAAAAGGGCAAAACAAACCACGGAGAGACAACCCUGUAAAAAAGAGACACAAACAACAACAAAAAUUGCAAAACAACUACAAACAGAUGUAAAAUGACUAAACACAGUGACAAAAAAACUACAUAGAACCAAACACAGAUGCAAAAAACAGUACAAAGGGACACAAGAUGACUGCAAAGUGCACAGCCACAAACAAAAAUAAAUUAAAACGAUCACAAAACAGACACAAAAUAACAAAAAGGCUAAACAACUAUAACUCCUGUGUGUCUGGCUCCUAUGUCGGAGAGGUGUUGGGGCCUUUUUCAUGUCUGUGCCCAGGGGCCAAGUCGUUCAUCCCCCUCCCAUGCGCUUGAUGACUAGUUAAGAACGUAGAAAGGAGUAGUGUUUCAGUACAUUGACUGAGAAACCUCCUAUGCAGUAAUCUGUCAUUAUUUUAGACAACAAAAUGCACUAGCAAAAAAUAAAAAAUAUUUGUGGUGAAUUAAAGUAUUUUUAUUAAAAUGUACAUCAGAGGGCUUUUUCCAAACGGUACCUCAGUUUAAGAUCCUUGUUUCAAAAAUUAGCAUUUUAUUUUUUUUAGUCUUCUUUGUGUCUCCAAGCUUCAUCCUUUGAAAGACCAACCUCUAAAUAUGGAGCUUUAAAUGUUGACGUGCCAGUUGCAUCCAUAGGGUGGCACUCUGCACUAGUUCACAUCAAACACAAACGUGUGUCAAGUGAAACGUUAUCAUGCAUCUGCUAAUGUGAUAUAGUUAUGAACCGAAGUCCACCAAUAACGGAUUACGAUCUGCUGCUAUAAAGUAUUUAAAACUAUUUUUCCAAAAACCUUUAAUGCGUUUUUAAUAGAAAACUAUAAGGCCAAAAAUACAGGUUCAAUUCAAAUCAUACAGUAAUUAAUACAACUAAAACCCCAAAUAAAACCUGUCGUCAUGCAUUCAGAUAGUACAAUUGUGUUUGUCCAAUGAUAUUGAUGAAAAUAGGAAGUGGGUAUUAAAACACUGAGAUGCGUUAUUUCUUAAUGAUUUACUGCAGUGAGAGACAAAUAGCAAUUAUCAUGUUUAAUAUCCACCGCCGUAAUGUUGCCUCCGGUUAGCGUAUACUCACUCAUGAAUUUCACAUGUUUCCACUGAUGUAAGAACGCUUUUGGGUCUGAAAUAAAACCUUGCCAUGUGCAUAACUAAUAAUGUUUGUAAUUAAAGGGAAUAUUUCGUCUUUGAA